AAUGUUCAACCGUUAUUAUAAGCAAAGUAUAAAGCAUUGCGCAUGGCCGUGUGUGCGCUUGAGAGUUAAAUUUUUAACGGAAAAUAUUGUUAUUAUUUAAUAUAACUUUAAAGUUUUGUGUUAUGUUAUGUCGUAUUCUCAAUUUCCUUAGGGCUUUGGGGAAUUAGUAAACUGUACUAUUUCGUAAUCUGUUCACUGUUUUCGUUGCUAUUUGAACGUCGGUGUAUUACGUAUUAAAAAUGGAUUGUCAAUCAACAGAUAUAUUUGAAAUUUAUAAAUUGUUUUCAUCAUUGAUAGAAAAUGGUAUCACCGAAAUGGAUAAUGGUUUUCAGGUUCAAACAUCAAAAUUAGAUGCUGUUUAUAAUGAGUUAUUACAAUCUGCACAGAAUGUACCUGAAAAGAAUAUGUCUAAAAGACAAUCUAAAAUAAAAAAUUGUUUGGUUGGAGAUCUCUUUGCUGCUGAACCAAGUUUUCAACAACCAGCUGUUCCGCCUAUCCGAAGAACUACAAGACAAGCUUCCAUUAUUGCAUCAGAUAAAAUAAAAGGUGUUAGAGAAUCUUCAACUAUCAGCAGUUCUGGAGCAUCUACAAGAGCUAGUCGAGCAAGAGCUUUAUCUACAUUGAUGGAUAUAGCUCCUAUUGCUUGUCCAACAGCAAAUUCAACUUUUGUAGUAGAUAAAAAAUUCAUGAAAAAUUUAGAAGAAUGUGUAUCUCCUGAAAUGUUUUCACCAGAUAAGGGGACUCAUAUGAAAGAAACUAAUGCCAAUACAACUUAUGACAUGCCCAAAAAAUCAUUAGCAAUUAAUCAAACAAAAAAAUUGGGGAAAGUUAUUGAUUUAAUAUCAGAAGAAUCUCCCAUUAGUGCUGAAAAUUCUAAUUCUGCACAACCUCAAACUUUAAGCAAAUUAAACUCUAAGAAAAAAAGUAUCGAAUCUCAAUUAAAAAACAAACGUCGUGAAAAACUAGAAGAUAUUGAUGUCAAUAUUGAGGAAAAAUCUUCAACGCAUAUGACAAGAACAAUGAAAAGAAAACUCCAAGAAGAAAAUAAUAUUGAUGCAAAAAAAACUAAUGUACUUUAUGUGCCAUUAGAAAAACAAAUAUCAACGCCAGUAAAACCAUUAGAAGAUCAUUUAUCUCAAACUCCUCAUCAAAUCCGAGAAAACGAAGCUGAAAAAAGGAAAGAAAUAUAUCUUAAAUCCAAAGCAGAUCAAAGGAAAUUUGAUGAUCAACAUUUAAGGGCUGCUAAACAUAGAGAAGAACAAAUGAGACGUGUUGAAGAGAAAGCUAAAAAAGCUGCUGAAGAUAAGAAGAAAAAAGAAGAAAAACAAAAGGAAAAAGAAAUAAUGAUGAAAGAGGAAGCAUUAAAGAAACAAAAACUAGCGGAACUUAGAUUAGCUGAGAUUAAUGCUAAGCGUAAACUGGCUGAAGAAGCAAAACACUUAAAAAUGCAAAAACUAGAGAUGAACCGUUUAUUGAAAGAGAAUGAAUUAAAAAAGAAAAACGAAACAAAACCAGAAAAAAGUAAAUCAGUAAUUCGCCCUAAAGCACUAUCUUCAAAUAUACCUACUUCGUCAGUACCUAAAUUAGCAACAUUACCAAAAUCAAAAAUUGAUAACAAAAAUGAUUAUGGGUUAAAUGAUGUUUCUGCACGUGACUCUUCUGAAGAUGAAUCUGGACCCAAAAAACCUGUUCCAAAUUGGGCCAAACGAGAAAAUAGAAAAGCUGUACUUGAACUUCAAUAUCAUAUUAAUUCUAAAGAAAGAGACUUAUUUUUUGACUGCCCUAAAAGUAUGAGUCUUAAAGAAAUGUUUAAAGGCUGGAAUAUCCGUGAUAAACAACGUACAUCAAGUGCCGUUUGGAAUACACCUCCUCGAUAUAGUGAAUAUAUUCGCAGAUAUUAAUUGAGUAAGAUAAUGUUAUUUUUAUACAAUUUUUUUUUUAAUAAUAAUUUUAUUGUUUUUUGUAAUUAUUAUUUGUAUUUAAAUUUAUUAGUUCGUACUUAUUGAAUUUUU